AUGGUGCCGAUUGCGAAUGACCAGUUGCCUCGGGGAGAUGCUGUAUUUCCUGCGAAGUCUCACGCGCUCCCUAAGGAAUCUCGACGAGCCGAUGGUGGUUUUCCGAAGUGUCAUUUGGAUUUUGCUUUUGCCCAGAACUGCCAUAAUUUCCCAUCUCAAAAAUUUAAUGUAAACCUUGCGGAGUUUGGAAUGGAGGAAACAAAUUCAAAUAGUGUAGAGUUCGGAAUGGGAGAAUCAAGUGUUAUUGGAAGUGAAACUGCAGCCAAUUCUGUAAAUGCUCCUAAACCACUACUAGGAAUGAAGUUUAAUAGUCAUGAAGAAGCUUAUAACUAUUAUAAUUCUUAUGCAUUGUUGAUGGGUUUUGGAAUAAGGAAGAGCACUGUGAAUUACUCUCGCAAGACUAGAGAAGUGGUAGACAGAAAUUUUGUUUGUGAUAAGGAGGGCUAUAAACCUAAUAGUGGCAAGAUAGAGAUCCCUCUUCGGCGAGAGACCCGAGUGGGAUGUAAGGCAAUGAUGCGAGUUAAAUUAUUGGAGGACAAAUCGUGGGAGGUCACGGGGUUUGUUGAAGAACAUACAAAUCAUGUGUUGAGUAGUCCAGACAAAGCAAAAAUGCACAGAUCACAUCAACAAUUCCAUAAAACUCAAAGAUGUAAAAAACUUAUUGAUAGUCUGCGAGAAGAAGGUAUGCCUCCUUCCACUAUUUCUCGCGUUAUCAAUGCAACCAAUGGAAGAGACGGUGAAUUUGUGACAUCACAACAGUGCAUUGAUCAUAUCAGAACCCAAAGAGUCAACAAUAUUGGUCAUGAAUGCAUAUCUAUCAUUCGACAUUUUCAGAGUAUGACAGCGAAUGAUCCAGAAUUUUAUUUUGCAAUAGAAGUAGACAGUAGUGGACAAAUGAGGAGUGUAUUCUGGGCCGACGGAAGAUCAAGAGCAUCUUAUUUGCAAUUCAGUGAUGUUAUUGCGUUUGGUGUGACAUACAGAACUAAUAAGUUCGGUCUUUCAUUUGCUCCAUUUACUGGUGUAAAUCACCAUAGGCAGUCCACUUUACUUGGUUGUGCAUUAUUAAUCGAUGAACAGAAAGAUACCUUUGUUUGGUUAUUUGAAGAAUGGCUGAAAUGCAUGCACGGCAUUGAACCAGGUGCUAUUAUAACAGAUCAGGAUAGAGCAAUGUGUAAUACUAUUAACUCAGUGUUUCCAACGACAAGACAUCGUUAUUGCUAUUGGCACAUGCAAAAGCAUAUUAUUGAUCAUUUGCCUACUUUGGUAUCUCGUUAUGGUGAACAGUUUCAAAGGUAUUGGGGCUUGUGGUGCAAUAGUUCUUCAACUGGAAUGAGAUCAAGCCAAAGGAGUGAAAGUAUUAAUGCAUUUUUUGAUGGGUAUGUUAACUCACAGACUCAGUUACACGAGUUUGUGACACAAUAUGAAAAAGCAGUAACUCAUCGUCGCUUAAGUGAAGCCCAUGAAGAUUUUAAGAGUCUGAACACAAAGCCGGUUAUGCUCCUUGGACAUCCAAUUGAGAUCCAAGCUGGAGAAAUGUAUACACGCAAUAUGUUUGAUGUGUUCCAUACUAAAUUCAAAGGAUUUGGUACAGAUUUCUGUGAAGAAUUGAGAAAAGAUGGGGACAUUGUUGAAUACAAGGUCUGUAAGUUUACAGAUAGAGGAAAAUGGGAGGUGGUUACUUAUGAACAGUCCAGUCAGAUGCAGUUGCGUUGCACUUGUGCUUUGUUUGAAACUAAUGGUGUGCUAUGUAGACAUAUAUUAUCGCUAAUGAUGGCUAGGCAAAUGGAUUCAUUACCCGACCACUACAUCCUACACCGUUGGACCAUACAUGCAAGGCAUCGUAACAUUGGGGUUGGCAACAUCGUAUUUGGAAGAAACAUCACCAGCUGUGAAGGGAAGAAUAAUUUAUUGAAAUCUUGGGCUUUAAGAGCAAAAUUCAAUAAUGUGCUCGAGCUUGCAUUUGAUUCAGAAGAGACGCUGCAACAACUUGAUGAUGUGCUAACAAAGUUCAUGGAAUCACUUGAAGAAGAAGUUGGAGAAACUCAAGAUCAAUUGAUGGAUGAUGUGCUAACAAAGUUCAUGGAAUCACUUGAAGAAGAAGUUGGAGAAACUCAAGAUCAAUUGAUGGAUAUUCCUCAACCUUCCGCACCCAUUUCACAUACAAUAGAGAACAUUCCUCAGAUAACAGUUCGUGAUCCUGAUAGACCUGCAAGGACUAAAGGUCGUCCACGCAAUGCUACUAGAAUCCAGUCAGGUUUAGAACAGGCACAAGAAAAGAAAGAAAGGAAGAAACGCAUAUGUAGCAGAUGUGGUGAACUCGGGCAUUAUAGAACUAGUUGUAAAGUUAACUUGCAAAGCUAA